AUUAGAAUGUAAGCCACUGGCCAUUUAUCAGUAAAGUAGUGUUUAGGUGAAGGUGGCAGGAAGAUGGCUUUUUUUUUAGAUGUAUUUAUUUAUUUGAAAGUCAGAAUUACACAGAGAGGCAGAGAGAGAGGGAGAGGGAUAGAGGUCUUCCAUCAGCUGCUUCACUCCCCAAUUGGCCCCAACGGCUGGAGCUGAGCCAAUCCAAAACCAGGAGCCAGGAGCUUCUUUCUGAGUCUUCCAGGCGGGUGCAGGGGCCCAAGGCCAUCUUCUACUGCUUUCCUAGGCCACAGCAGAGAGCUGGACAGAAGUGGGGCAGCCAGGACUCAAACUGUUGCCCAUAUGGGAUGCCGGCACUGCAGGCAGUGGCUUUACCUGCUAGGCCACAGCGCCGCCCAGGAAGAUGGCUUUUAAACAUUAGUCAGCAGGGCAGGCUCUGUGGCACAGCAAGUUGAAGCCCUGGCCUGCUGCACGAGCAUCCCACAUGGGCGCCGGUUCGAGUGGUGGCUGCUCCACUUCAGAUCCAGCUCUCUGCUAUGGCCUGGGAAAGCAGUAGAAGGUGGCCCAAGUGCUUGGGCUCCUCCAACCCCGCGCUAGACCCGGAGGAGACUCCUGGUCUUUGCGGCCAUCUGGAGAGUGAACCAGCAGAUACAAGACCUCUCUCUCCGGCUCUACCUCUCUCUGUAACUCUCUUUCAAAUAAAUAAAUUAAAUCUCAAAAAAAAAAAAAAAAAGACUAAUCAAAGUCGUUAACUACCGGGGUAGAGAUCUUUUAUUUCUUAAAACUGUGUGUGUGUGAAUUGCUUCUUCCUUGAAUUUAUUUUGGCUCUAAAAGAUUCGGCGAUUUCUGAGUUGGUUGUACUUGUUUUCUUACGAGCUAGUAACAUUCUCUAAGGGACAGAGCAACUGGAAUUCCAAGUCUGCUAAUGCUGGGAAGCAAAGGGUGUGAAAAUGUCAGACGCAGUCAUUGCACGCCCUGUGCCACGUCCCGAAAGCUGAUUCCCAGGCAGACCUGGCUCGGCAGCCCUGCCCCUACCCAGGCGUGGGGUGUAUCACGUAGCCUGUAUCCCGCGCUCUGAUUGGCCGAGUUGGAGUCGCGGGGGUGUGCCUGCGGGCUUACCCAUCUCCCAAGCUCUGAUUGGCUACGGGUGAAGGGGCGGCCUGGUCGGCCUGGCUGGAGGAAAUUGUAGAGCGCCGGAGACUUAGGACCCAGGCCCGGGCCUCGGGAAAACGUCAGACCUGGGGAGACAGGCCCGCGAGGGAGGAAGGACAGAGCCAUGGUCCCAGGACCCCUGCGCUUUGCUUGGAGCUGACACCAACAGUGUAUUGCAGUGAGAUGACAAGAUCACACUUUUGAUAAGCUGGAGAGAAGCCCAAGUUGACUAACUGAAGCCUUGAACAAGAACAAGAUUGCUGAAGAAAAACUGUUCAGCACAAGACCAUCACUAGAUGCAGCUGUCUGAUUCUGGACUUUUGGGCCUCCAGAACUUUGAGGUAUGCCGAGUAUUUUCUGAAUCCCAGGACAGCAGGAAUGAGCCAGGGGAUUACAGGCAUGCUGUGGAAGCUGCUGCUGAGGUCCCAGCCCUGCAGGUUGAGUUCCUUCAGAAAGGCGCAAUCAACUCCAGGGAACAGACCUUUUCUUGCACGCUUCACCUACACAACUGACAGACAGUCAAACACAGAAAAUAAAAGAACAGUGGAAAAGCUCUGUAAAUUUUCAGUUGACAUUAGGAAAAUCCGUAGAUUAAAAGAAUGGGUACUUCUGGAGGAUAAAACCUAUGUUGAAGAAAUUGCCAAUAUUUUACAAGAACUAGGUGCCAAUGAGACUGUGAUAGCCAGUAUUUUGGAACGCUGCCCAGAAGCAAUUAUCUGUAGUCCAACUGCUGUUAACACCCAGAAAAACCUCUGGCAGUUAGUCUGCAAAAAUGAGGAAGAAUUAAUCAAAUUAAUAGAGCAAUUUCCAGAAUCUUUCUUUACUGUUAAAGACCAGGAGAUGCAGAAGUUCAAUGUUCAGUUCUUUCAAGAACUGGGACUCAAGAAUGUAGUCAUUAGCAGGUUUCUGACAACUGCAUCUCCUGUCUUUCAUAAUCCUGUUGAGAAGAAUAAACAGAUGAUACAGAUUCUCCAAGAGAGUUAUCUAAAUGUGGGGGGCUCUGAGGCCAACAUGAAAGUCUGGCUACUAAAAUUAUUAAGCCAAAACCCGUUUAUUUUGUUAAAUUCUCCUGAAGCUGUAAAGGAAACACUGGAAUUUCUCCAGGAGCUGGGUUUUACAAAUUCAGAAAUUCUCCAACUUCUUUCCAAACUCAAAGGCUUUCUUUUUCAGCUUUGCCCAGGAAGUAUACAGGACAGUAUUUCUUUCUCUAAAAACACUUUUAAGUGCACAGAGCAUGGCCUGAAGCAGCUGGUUUUGAAAUGCCCUGCUCUUUUAUAUUAUUCUGCUCCAGUUUUAGAAGAGAGAAUUCAGGGAUUAUUGAAAGAAGGAAUUUCCUUAGCUCAGAUAAGAGAGACACCUAUGGUUCUUGAAUUAACGCCACAGAUAGUGCAGUACAGGAUAAAAAAACUGAAUGCCUUAGGCUACAAAAUAAAGGAUGGGCAUUUAGCGAAUCUAAAUGGAACAAAAAAAGAGUUUGAGUCUAACUUUGGUAAAAUUCAAGCCAAGAAAGGCCGACCAUUGUUUAAUCCUGUGGCACCAUUAAAUGUUGAAGAGUGAUUUACUGAUGUUGCUUCUUGCAAUAUAGAGUGAAAGUGAUUAAGCAAAAAUUUAAGCAAUUCAGGCAGUUUACAAACACCAGUAAUUUAAAGGAAAUGCCUACUUCAUUUCUGGGUUGUGUUUAAGCUGCCUCUAAAUACUUUCCAACGCAUUCACUCUAUUUUAUACUUAAAUUGCAUUUAUUUUAAGUGGAUUGACCUUGACUUAAAUUGCAUUUAAAGUGGAUUGACCUUGAACUACUGUUUAAAAAAAUGCACAUGCUACUAUUUAAAUGGCAUAUCACUGUGGUACUCUGUAAUCGAAUUAUUUCUAAGAAGCUGACAAAUACACUCCCUAAUUCAGUAUAGCACAUUUCAUCUAGUAUGCACAGCCAGUCUCCCUCAUAACCAGCUCUAAACAUCACUCUACUCUGGACUGUACUCUGUAGCUUACUGCAAAGUCAAACAUCGGCAAACCACUAAUACAUCUUUUUAGGGAAAAUGAAUUCUUAUCACACUGAGAAUAAAUGAGGACUUCUUAAGAACCACACAUUACUGAAAAAGAAUAGUUGGUGCCUACUUAUGUGGACAAAUUUGUCUAAAGCACACAUGUUCAUUACCUUCCCAGUUUUACAGAUAUGGCAACUGAAGCUUAGACACACUUGCCUGCCAAGAGAUUUAUUAUGAUCAAUCUUAUUACGUCUUCUAAAUGGAAAGGAUUGUUUAUGAGCUGGCCUAAGAGAAGCUACCAAACCUUCCAUGAUAAGGGAAUGAAAACUAACAGCAAAUUUGGACUUUUAUGAAAACUUUUCUAUAAAUUGAAAUUACCUAUGUACAUUUUCAAUAAAUGCAACUUUUUAGAAACUUUUCUGAAAAUCCAGGUCUACCUGACUUGUAACAGAAAUUAUUUGAUAGUUGGCAAUAAUUUUAGCAGUAGUGUUUUAAGUUUCCAUUUCUAAAUUUUGAUCCAAAAUAAACAUUACCCAGAUAAAAGACUGGCUCGUCGUCAGCUCUGAAGUUUGAACUGUGUAAAAAAUACAUGACCAAACAAUUGACUCUGACACUGAACAUCUGUGCUGUGUGAGUAUGAAAAAUGUAGGAAGUAUCUUCUCCAUUCAUUCACCAUUCCAUUUAGAGGUAACUUAAGCCUAACUCAGAAGCUAGUCAUCACGUAACCCUCAGUACUCAAUCUAUGUACUUCUACUCUAUAGGCAUAGUACUUUAAAAUCCUAAGAGUUAACUACCAUUUACUGUUAUACAGACUCAGGGUUACUUUCCCAAGGUCACAUAGGAAUAUGUUAUAAAAAAAAAUAGCAUCCAAUAGUUAGAUGAAGAAAGUAUCACAGGUCCAUCGGAGGAGCAUUCUAAGAGUAAAGGGAAACCUUGCAGAGUUUUUUUUUUUAGUUAAUGCUUCCAGAUAAACUAAAACCUUAGUUUAUGUCAGGAUAAUUUUGUCCUGACAUGACCAGUGGUCUGCACUCUCUCCCACUCUCAAAAGUGUCUCAGGGAAACACUGUAUUGUUGCCUUGGUAAUUGGAAAUCAAUUUUGAAAUGUCUACUAGGUGUCAUAGCAGAUUUGAUUAGUAGGCAAAUGGUAGAGUCUGAAACUGUGAGAAGUCAGGUCUGGAUAUACAUUUUUGAGAAUCAUCUGCAAAUCUGUGUAUUUAAAGCCAUGGCUUCAGAUGAAAUUGCCUGCAAAAAUAGUAUAGAUUUUUGGAGUAGGGUGGCUGGCCAAGCCCAGAAAAAGAUGAUCCGAGGAAGAAAAAAUGACAGUUGAUAACAUACUGAAUGCCACAGAGAGGUCAACUAAGAUACAUGUAAUCAGAAAAGCAGAGAUUGUGAGAUUCACUUUUAUUUAAAGAACAUGUUUAUAUGCUAAUUGGUACAGCCCAGGAAAGAGAUAGGAAAAACUGUAGGAUGUGAAGGUGGGCUGAUGGUUAAGAGCAGAGGAUUGGUCCUGUCCAGAGUUUGGGUCAGCAGUAGGUAGGCUGACAAAGCAGAUGUGAAUGGCAAGUAGCUGCUCUCCUUUUACGGAGGACAGAAUGGGGGUGGGGGAGGGCAGGAGAGCUGGAACGAAGACAUGAAAUAACCACUUCGACUAGUUCAGCCUACCGAGCUGCUGAGCUGCACUUAAGUUACCUGUAAGUAAAAUGCUGAAUGAAUGGGAAGAGUGAGGACACUGCGUGCAUUUUUCAUAAUACAAGGCCAUGCACACACAGCACAGGUGUUUAGGGUCAGAGUGAACAUAUAAGAGGAUAUAUAACAAAGUUUAGCAGAGUCAUUUAAGAAGAGAUCAGUACAGCAGCAAAAUACAGGUGCUCAGUUACAGGCACAGCCCCAAGGGGCAGUUGUUAGACAAAUACAUGUGUAGCUUAUGCUAUCUUGAGAAGAUUACAUUAAAUUAAAAAAAAAAAAAAAAAAACAACCCACAGUUCAAUCCUAUAGUGAAUCAAGCAGUGUGCUUAAUUUACAUUCCUUUAGGCCAAAUCCCAUUGUACUUUUUGGGGGGGCCCUUGAGCAUCUGAAACAGUUUUGCUUUCCCUUUUUUUUCUCAUCCUUACAUUCUCACUCUGAUCUCCCUGUGAGACAAUUUUAAAAAUUUCAUAAUCAGUAACACAGCUGGGAGAAACAUCCUUACAUAAAACACUGGAAUCAAAUUUUAUUUCCUGUGUGCAGAAAGGUUCUAACAAAAUUAAAUUUCAUCAGGCAAUUUAUGUACAAUUACACUAAAUUCACUUCUUUAGCAAACUGUAAUUAACCACCAAAGUAUGAUCUCUUCGAAGACUUCCAGUGCGCCUCAAGUCCAACAGCCUGGUAAGUCAAUGAUUACUUUAUUCAACACAGAAUAAAUCCACCUUUCCAUUUUUCAACAUCAGCUGGACAAGUUGUGACUUAACACUGAUUCAAAGAAAUUCAGCUUACAUUGAAAGUUAGCCUGUUCCUUAUCUGUAAAAAGGAAGUGAAACACUUCCUCCGUAUGCACUUCAUACUGAUUUCACUGGGUGAUGUAUGGACAGCAUCUGGCAGAUAAGCAGGUGCCCAGUAAAUAGCCAUGCUUUGCCCUCCUCCCUGUUCCUGUCAUUUCUGUUCAGAGGCCUGAGAUGGUUUCACAGCUACACAGAAUAGAGAGCAGUGCUUCUUAUUUUGUAACUCCUGCUUAGUUUUCAAACUUCAGUGAGCACAAGAAUAACCUGAAGAGAUUUAAAGUGCGGCCCAGGACCCCAUCCUGCAGAGAUUCAGUAAAGUGGGGUAAAACCUAGAAAUCUGCAUUGUGAAUUUUUAUUAGAGGUGUUUGAAAUAAUUUGUAUUUUACUGUUGUGUUGGUAUAAAAAUGCAUAUUUGAGGAUACAUGUUUGUACAGUACUAUCACAAAAUUUAAUUGGCCACAGCACUUUCUGAACUAUGUAAAAUUUUUUAAGAUGACCCUAUAUUAAAAUAUCCUUUAUUUCUUUAUAAAACAUUCCAUAUUUUGCAGAUCAUAGUGCUUUUAUUAACAGAUUCAUGUGUUCUUUUCCCAUCCCUUUGAUACAAAAAAUUUAUUCAGUAUUUUCAUCUGACAUUUCACUAAGAACAAUAUUCAUAACAUCAACAUAAUUAGAUCAGUCAUUCAAGUGGGCACACAAGUUUAUCCUUAUUGUGUCAAAUACCCACUCAAAAGACAAGUUGAAUAACAGAUGCCUCCAAGUGUACACAACAACCUUAAGUUUCUUGAAGUCAACUAGUCCUGUUUAACAGGUCAAACUGCUAGUCUAUGUAAAUAAACUAAAAAGUCUCAAACAGCUGUACAUAUCAAAUGGCAAGUUCGUUUCAAUAAGAAUCUCUAUUAACCAAGUGUACAUUUGCACAGUUCUCUGCUGUCAUUGCAAAAGCCCCUGUGAACAAAGUUACACUUCUGAAUUUAAAACAAUCUUGAUGAGACUAAAUGUACCAGGUGGCUUCUCUGUAGCAGAAAUUUAAUUACAACCAUUUUUCCUCAAGCAAUAUUAAAGACAAGUGAAGUUGAAAAUAAAUAUGCAAAAAGACAUAAGCUAAAGUCUAUACUUAGAAAUUCAGGUACAAAGCACAGCAGAGCCCAUGACUAAAGAAGAUAAACUAGAAAUAUUAUCUCGCAAUGAAGUAGUAAUUUCAUCCAAAUAGCAGGAAACAAGUUCUCCAAGACCAUUAUUUAGAUCACUUAGUGUUCAUCUAUUAACUUUGCAGUUUUUUUUUUUUAAAUCCUCUUUGCUAAUUAGGACAUACAACAACACAUACCAAACACACCUUAAAUCUCAUUACUUGAAAUAAAUGACCACUUAAUUCCUGAUGAGUUGAACUUCCUAAUGACUUUCCAAUUUUGUAUAUUGUAGAACAUUUGUAGAUUUGCUUAAAAUCCCUGCUGGUAUUUAUAAACACCUUUAAAAGUUGUUACAUUCUCAUUCAUCUGCUGAUCCAUAUUAUUAAUGUAAUACUCUUAGUAGUUUACAUACAUUUGAGCCUCAGUUGUCAGGAGUAAUCUGUUUGAAGUUCUCAGGGACACUGUUUUAUUUACCAUUGGGUUUCACCCACCACCCCAAGUCAGCAGAAUGGAGACAAAUUUCCAAAUUUAAGUGUAAGGAAAAUUAAGAUCUUCCACAUUUGGAUUGUAACCUUUAGUUAAAAGGAAUGCCAAAUAUAUGUAUGCCAGUUGUUAUAUUUUUAGAAACUAAACAUGAAACAACAAAAUGAAUUCCACCUAGUUCAUACCUUUGCAAAUGAAUGAAACACGUUUAUAAGAUAUGACAUGUUUACCAUCCAUAAUCAGAAACUUCAAUUCCCUACCUGAAAUUGGUUUGAGAACUGAUACAAAGUACAGCUGCUUUGAAAGACUGUAACAUUUUCAAAGCCUAUAUAAACCACUGAGAGCACUUAAAUAUUCUUUACAUUCACAUUAAAUAUUCUUUACAUUUACAUGCUGUGAAUGUCUAGAGCCCAUUUCAUUCCAUUUAAAAGUCAGUCCUCAGUUAUCUGUGAUUAUUUUUAAAAAGGGAUACUGCUAAUAAUUUAAGACUGUCUAAGAAUAGAAUAGUUGUGAAGGAGACUUUUUUAUUUUGAAUGCUUUAAAUAGCUCUUCAAUUGUCUAUUUCUUCUUAAUAUGAAACACUUCCAACACAGCUCCUAAUCAGUAACAAAAUGUUCCUUAGGCAUUGUAAAGUGUAUUAAUGGUGGAGCAUGAGUGCAGGCAAAAGCAGACAAUUUGAUUUUAACUACCAACAAGACAGUUAACAAGCACUAUCUUACCCACCUGACUGCAAAAAAUAGCUUUACUUCUCUAAUUCUGAGAUUCUAAUUUCACCACCAACCUUUAAAAGAAUCCAUAAAGAGUAUGAACCGCACACAUCUAGGGUGUUAGAAAACAUGUGUUCUUUCGUAAGGCAUCAAUGAUUAAAUGAAUAAAAUGCAUUAUCUAACAAAA